UCUUCCCCAUUUUAUUCGUUCAUCAUCUUCAUUUUCACUUUUUUUUUUUAUUUCUUUCUUUUGAUAAUAUCAAAAACAAUACGAAUCAAUAAAGAUCCAGCCUUCUUAUAUCGUUGUAGCUAGCGAUGAAGAAACCCGCAAAAAUUUCAUCUUUAAAGCCUUCAAACUCAGUCCUUCCACACCCAACUCCAAGACUAAGAGACCUUUUCUCCAUGGGGAAGAAAUUAGGCCAAGGACAAUUCGGAACAACCUACAUUUGUAGAGAGAAAUCGACGGGUAUUGACUACGCGUGUAAAUCCAUACCUAAAAGGAAACUCUUAUGUAAAGAUGAUUAUGAUGAUGUAUGGAGAGAGAUUCAAAUAAUGCAUCAUUUAUCCGAGCACCAAUGUGUUGUGCGCAUCAAAGGCGCUUAUGAGGACAAUGUGUUUGUUCAUUUGGUUAUGGAAUUGUGCGCCGGAGGUGAGCUUUUUGACAGGAUUAUUCAAAAGGGACAUUAUAGUGAGAAAGAAGCGGCUAGAAUUAUGAAAACCAUUGUUGGGGUUGUGGAAGCUUGUCAUUCACUCGGCGUUAUGCAUAGAGAUCUCAAGCCUGAAAACUUUUUGUUUCAUUCGGAUGCCGAGGAUGCACAGCUUAAGGCUAUCGAUUUUGGAUUGUCUAUCUUCUACAAACCAGGACAGUAUCUAUCAGAUGUGGUUGGAAGCCCCUACUAUGUAGCACCUGAAGUUCUACACAAACAUUAUGGACCCGAAAUUGAUGUAUGGAGUGCUGGGGUUAUCCUAUACAUCUUGUUAUCCGGGGUUCCUCCAUUCUGGGCAGAAUCGGAUUCAGGUAUCUUUAGGCAGAUUUUGAGGGGAAAACUAGAUUUCAACUCUGACCCAUGGCCACAAAUUUCAGAAAGUGCAAAAGAUUUAAUAAAAAAGAUGCUUGACAGGAGACCACAACAAAGAAUAACUGCCCAUCAAGUCUUGUGUCAUCCAUGGAUUGUAGAUGAUAGGGUUGCUCCAGACAAGCCUCUGGACUCGGCAGUUAUAUCACGCCUCAAGCAUUUCUCGGCUAUGAACAAACUUAAGAAGAUGGCUUUACGUGUUAUUGCAGAAAGGCUAUCAGAAGAGGAAAUUGGUGGGUUAAAGCAGUUAUUUAAAAUGAUUGACACAGAUAACAGUGGGACAAUAACAUUUGAAGAACUCAAACAAGGGUUGCAGAGAGUCGGCUCCAAUCUACAAGAAUCGGAGAUUAAGGAACUUAUGAAUGCGGCUGACACCGACUGCAAUGGUACAAUAGAAUACGGUGAAUUCCUUGCAGCAACUUUGCACAUGAACAAGAUCGAGAGAGAAGAAAAUUUGCUUACAGCAUUCAGUUUUUUUGAUAAAGAUGGUAGUGGCUACAUAACCAUGGACGAACUACAGCAAGCCUGCAAAGAUUUUGGUCUACGCGAUGCUCAGCUGGAUCAAAUGAUCAAAGAGGUUGAUCAAGACAAUGACGGACGUAUAGAUUAUUCGGAGUUUACUGCAAUGAUGAGAAAAGCCGACGAUGGGAUUAGAAGCAGGUCAAUGAAAGAGAGUUUAAAUUUUGAUUUGGCAGAAGUUCUAGGCGUUGAUAAUAACAAGCAAUCUCAAGAUUAACCACACAACUUUAUUUUUCGUAAGUUUUGAGUUUAUGGGUUAUGUUCAAGUCAUCAGAAUAAAUUCACGUUGAACUGUUUUUGGUUCUUUUUCCAGUUCAUGAUCCUGCUCUUUAUAGAAACGGUACCUUGCACCGUUGUAUCAUCGUCUUUCUUGAGUCACCUCCCAUUAGGCCAAAAUGAACUCCCAAGGAACUAUGUGAUGUAUGUAUAUUAAUGUUCUAUGGAGGCACAUUUCUUCUGGGAGGAGUAUUUUCUAAAGUCUUCUUCCUUAAUGGGGUGGUUAUAGUGUCAGUAUUACUUCAAAGAGGUUAAUAACUUCAACCGAAGAUUAUGCAGAAGCAACAAGAGAACUGUUUAGUCUGUUCAAGCAUCUAAAGUAAAUGUGAAAGAUCCAUCAACACAAAUGUAGAGGUUAGAGUUAUACGGCAUUGCAGAAUUACUGAAUUUGCGAAGACUCGAACUCAUAGUAAUGUCUCUUUAAUCCUAAAUGGUAUGAAUCUGAAUAAUAUAAGCAGACUGGAAAGCCUAAUUAGCUAGUUUUGCCGUUUCUUGAUAUUGUCCAUGU